AUGGAACUCCUGACCGGUAUACUGCGUGGCCUCGGGCGCAUCGCUGAUGUUCCACGCAUCCGCAAGCGCAUUGGAGAUGAUGUGCUGUGGGACAGCGCGAAAUUGCCGUGGAGGCGGUCUCCACUUUGGCUUGUCAUUCGCGUUGCCUUACAGACAACUCUGGAGCGCAGUGCUCUUGGACGAGCGACUUAUAAAUCAUUCAUGCUGUUCUUUAUGGCGAAGUUUACAACCCUUGCCCUCGACUAUGAUGUGUCGAAUGACAUCCUGCAUUUCAUGUCGGCAAAGAUCGCACGCCGUCUUUUCAAGCUUGGACCCUCUGCACCUCCGGAGUUGUCGCAGAUGGUUGGUAUGGUCACCGGUAAUGUAAGGAGUAUCCUAGAAGAGAGAUGGGAAUCUGUUCAAGACGCGCAGCGGGCCUCACCUCCUUGGGCUCCGGAGACCCUCGGGGUCUUGCGAGAUACCCAUCUUUCCUUGAACACGAGUCGAGAGUACAUACUUCAAGCUCUGCAGGACCAGCAUUCGUCCCCUCAACCACCCCCAUUCAAUCCCAGCCAUCACGUGCGCGGGUCAAUCAACGAUUUCCUUGACGCUGAUGCGAGCUUCCUGAGAGCUGCUCAUGCUGCAGAACCGUCUCUUGCCCUCGCAGACUUCGAGACUGCCAUUAGAUCAGGGAUUGAUGACUGGGUCGCGCGUGUUUCUCCUCAGAGCAUUGAUUUGGCAUGCAUUUCGAUUGAGGCGUGCACCUCUGCAUAUUCCUCGAGAGCGCUGGACGCUUACAAUGGAAACCCGGAGAAUUUGUCGAUCAUGCUCACCACACUUUUUGAGCUCUGGGUAGCCAUUGAUAAGAUCGUUGUUGGACAAAUACCACUCCUGGCAGAAUAUCCCCCCGAAAUUCCAUUGGCCCUUUGGGAGGGUCUAUAUAUCCUCAAACCUUCAGCUCUUGGUCGCCUAAAGGAACUAAACGCCUACCUUCAAGCUCGUCAUUGUAUUUCUAGUUGUCCGUCGGUGUUCUCGACUACCAUCGAUGAGAAAUCGUUCGCAGUGCGGUAUUUUGACCAGUCAUCAGAGCUUCAGAGCUUGAAGCUCGCCAUCGAAGCGGAUGCUCAGGUAAAGCGGAAGAAGAAGUUAACUGAACUUGGCGUCCUCAAUGAGAGGUACGCUGAACUGGAGACGCGCGCAGCAAGUUUAUCGCAUACAUAUGACGUCAACACCCGCGGCAAGGAAACCCACAAGCUAAAGCGCUGUGAAAAGUGUCGCCUAGAAAAGGAGAUGAAGUCGAUGACUAUCACAGUUCACGAGUGGCCGCUACCGGCCCGCAACAAUCAGGCGAUUGUGGUGGUGUUUGAGCUAAGAUGCCCUGUCGCGUUCGAGAUGUGGAGAUCUACGACAUUCCAUGUCCUCAUUGAUGUUUGCACUCCCAAAGAAGACAUUUUACCCACUCCCGCCUUCAUGACACUGCCGGAAUAUCAUGCAUUGCAGCGUUAUCGCCAGUGCCAUCCAAGGCAGAGGCUGACAUUGGCGUCGGACGCCAAACCCUUCCUCAAAUGUCAUUACAGCAACACUCACAUCCCCACAAAGAAUUUUGACACCGUUUGUGUGAACAACGGACUUGUAUUUCGGCCUUUCGAUACAACCACAGGUGUAUGGACCACCAACGUACUGUUGCGCUGCAAUUCUAGAAAGUUGUGUACUUUCCUCCUUCCCAAGGGACCAUACAAUGCUUUGCAGCCGUACCUUGCGGGAACGUCUCAUACAUCGAACGAGAUCAUAGCCCGCCAGGCAGAUUGCCACAAGAACAUGACCAUUCACGAAUUCAUCGCAUUCGGAUCCCUGCGGAGUGGACCACGAUUGCAAUGGAUGAACGUGCUACGUGAACUUCAUGCGAGGAUACUCGAUUUUCGACGCGAGGAAGUCCAUAUGCUGUUCGUGCAAGCUGUUUCACAGGUCAGCCCAAUUUCGUCUGUCGUCGACUUUAUUUGGCACGACGAGCCCAACAGCAUGCCCUUCAUUCAUGCACUACUUGGAGAGCUGGAGGAUUUAACGGCGAGCGUCGAAGAAAAUUGGUUGGAAGGUAUCACGAUCAGCACUAUCAUUAUGCUUGUGCGCCGCGUCUUGUCCUCGACACUGAAAGAUACUCUCAAAAGUCGCGGAUAUUUGCUCCUUCGAAGGAUACGAACUGCGACAUUUACGUUGUUGAUGCAGCUUUCACGGAAAAUGCAGGCCAGCUACGGUGAGACGGUCAGCCGGGACUUACAAGGGCGCGUUCGCGAUAUGGCAGUCACCUGUCGAAGCACUUUUGAUGUUGAUGGAGACGUUUCACUGCUUCUGGCGUCGAACGAUGACAUCAAAGUGUUUGCAUAUUGUGCGGUCAUGAUAUAUGACAACACUCCAAGCCAAUCAGACAAUCUUUCACAACAUUCAAAGCUACUGCUAGAACGAGACAAGAGAUGUUGUCACGCAUUAGAAACUGCGAUUCGCCAAUAUGUGGAGUUCCACAGGGAGGGCCUCGAUUGUGCGAUGGCAGAGAUUUGGGGCAGCUACAGACGAGGAACUCCUUGGAUAGCAUUGCCGGCUCCAAAUUCUCGCUGGCUUGUGUCGCAAACUGCGCGUUCAUGGUCUCAAUCACCGCAAGCCGUGCACUUCGACUUGAUUAGUGGGUGCUUGCUUGUUGACGGGAAGCAGCUGGGCAGGCUCCCGUCAAUGAUAGUGCAACAUCCUACCUACCAAUCGAUUUUUGGUGAUCAAGUUCUGGACAUCAUUCCAGCUGGUAUUCCUGGAAUGGAGUAUGCAACACGCGGAAAUCUCUGUGACCAUCAGGUGUUUUUCGCUCUCCGCGACUCUCACGAUCUCAUCGUCCGCGCGAAGCAUGUCAAACAAGGCUCACCUAUCCUUCAGCUCAUUCCGAGCCAUAAAUUUGAGCAUGACUUACCUACGCCCUUGAUAGCAGGAUGUACUCAUUGGCUCAACCUGGACACGAGCGAAAUAGAGAUACGGCCAGCGGAAAAUGCAUGGAAGUCUUCGCCUGAAAACUGGGUCUUGCGAUUUGCUCUAGAUCUGCAGGACUCCUCGACACUCCGGAAUGCUAACGGUGCCACUCUUAUAGAUAUACGCAGCCAAACGUGGGAUAUGAUCUCCGAGAGGAUGCGUCCUCUUGAGGACACUUGCUGCAUCAUGGUCACAUGUAAUGAAGCAUCGGGCAGUGCUUUCUCCUCGCUGAAGGUUGAUUUACCUCGAUAUGGUCUCGAAUUCUUCGUCAACGAGGAUGGGGAAAUGCAGUCCCGUAACAUGCGCAACAUGGUCGUCGAUACCACUCAGUCGACUGGAACGAUGUUUGGAUUGAAAAACCAGCUCGUUUUGCGUCCGAAGUCGCAGAUUGUGGACGAGCACCCACACACCGUCAUCAUCCCAGACGGUCGUAUCUCAUACUCUGCCAAUGGUCAUCAUGUCCAGGUUACCAUCACUCCUGAAGGUCCCCGAGAGACAUUCCACUUGUACAGGGUUGACACAGAUCUACGCUGUCUCACUGGGAGCGUAGGUCUGACGACAAAGCUAUAUCAGGCGCUCCUCCACGCUAUUACCAGCGGCUGUCUCCCUGAUCCCCUGACGGGUCGAACUGGGACAGAGGAGGCGCUGCAUCUCUUGCAUUCUGCAGCUUGUCUGUCCUUUACAAAGCUUCGCCCUCGUGAUGCAGAUCUCUUGCGUGAGAUCAGUUCGCUGUCAACCAAGCGUGUCUGGUAUCCCGCUCAUAUUCGGAAAAUGCAGACCGUUUCAUGGUCGUGCCUUGUGUCCCUCGCACAGCACCAUGGUUUUCAUCCAGCCGCGAAAUCCAUCAUGGACUAUGGCAUGCAACUUUCCACUUUCGCAGAAGGGUCUUCAAACCUUCAUCCUACCUUUGAUCUUCCACCGUUAACCAACCACCUUCUCGAGCGCGUGUCCAUUCGUGCCUCAGCGGUCUAUCCUGACCAGUUUUCUCUUCCACUUCCGCUCGGUGACACAGAUGUCAUCUAUGCUUCACAUGAUAUUUCCGAUAAACAUGCGGAAGAGAGGGCGUUUCGUACUGCCUUCAUGGUGCACCAGUGGCCAAGCAGACUUCCGGUGCAACAGAAUCUCCUCAGUUUAUUGACUCAGUGGCAAAAUGUCCGGGGCAUUGACGAACCGCUCAGCUUGCGAUACUCCAAAAAAUGGCUUGAACCGGCUUUUCCUGAUAUCUUCCUUUCUGCGUACGAUUGCUGUCGUAGUGCUACGACAAAGGACAAAUUUCAGCUGAUGUUUACCCUAGCUUCAGUAUCGUACAGCUUGUUGGACGUGCAUGCGCUCGUCCCAACACUCCUAGCAUUCGCCACAAUUCCCGAAAUUCGCUGCCUGGCAGGCCCACCGAAGUUCACCUCCUAUGACAUCUCUGAUGGCUUUAUGCCUUCCAAUACGAGAUUGGAUAGUCUCAUCAGUUCUUGUACCAAAGGUUAUGAUGUCAGCGAGGAGAGCCACUUAGCUGCAUGGCCUGGGGAAAAUGACGAGGCUCUAAGGAUGCGUCGCCUAGCAGCUUUCGAAGACAGGUGCCGCCCUGAGAAGCAAGUCAUUCUGAGCGAAGUUUGCACUGCUUGGCCGUGCGUAAACCUUCCAACGCUCGAUACGCUGCAAACAAGCUACUUCGAUCUCAAGAAAUUGUCGAAGAAACUUCGUCCAGUGUUUCGUAGUUGUUGGGCAAACCACUGUUUGAAGGAGCACUUAGAUGUCCAGCAAUUGACCCUGAACCGAUUCUACGUUCCCGAUCCUCCUUGGAAACAACCCUCACAAUAUAAUCCUGAUUCGAAUCUUGGGGAUGCUGCUUCACCGACCUCAUGUGUUGAUGCCCAGUUCCUUUUCGACAGGAACCCGCCUGUUAUACGCACGCUCGGGUCUUCCCAACUUGAAGUUCUGCCCAAUUCCACUCGAAGAGAUUCGGUAUCUCCAUAUUCCAGUGUCACAACGAGGUUGCAACAGCUGAUCGACGACUUUCGCGCACGAGGAAGCAAUCGGUUCCACCAGAACUAUGCUAAUGAUUUAGACCAGAGCACGUCAAUUCUCUGUGAAGAAAAGCUCGUUAUCCCGCCAGAUCACACAGUGUACACCACAGAAGUACUGCUUGAGCACCAUUCUCUGCAUAGCCAGAGAUUCCAAGAUUCACUCACCGCUGUCGUACACGCCCUCUCCCCUGCUUCUGCUGCUGAGAAAGCAUUGGCCAAUGCUGGGCUGUGGCCCCGAGUUACACCAAACUUCCUCCUCACUCGCAUGGCCUCCGCAUCAGGAAAUAGUUUGGGGAAGGCUUGGCGUACUACUCUCGUCCACCUGUCUCAGACACUUUUACAACUACAACGCUCCCGAAGGCUACUCAUCUUUGCUGCCAACAAAAAUUGGGUCGAGUUCUUCAAGGAAUUUGAGAACGAAGAAUGCGAGGGGUUUGAUCCUGAGGUGUACCCUGAUUGGCUUUUAAUACAGAUUGAAAGUCAGUUCCUGGCACGGCCUGUCCAAGUGAAGGUUGCACUGGAGAUGAUGUCGCCAUCCACGGGACGAAAUACUUCUCUCCAGCUGAACAUGGGUGAAGGCAAAUCCUACGUGAUUGUUCCCCUCGCAGCAGCCGCACUUUCUGAUGGCCAAAAACUGGUUCGAGUAAUCGUACUAAAGUCGUUAUCUGCCCAGAUGUUCCAGCUCCUGGUUGAACGUCUAAGCGGCCUUGCGCAGAGGCGCAUUUUCUAUAUCCCAUUCUCCCGCACUUCCUCUAUCAACUCAGCGCAGGUGAAAAUGUAUCGUGACUUGAUGCAAGAAUGCAUGGAUGCCAAGGGUAUUUUGGUCGUGCAACCGGACCAUAUUCUAUCAUUCCAGCUCAUGGCUGUUGAUCGCCAGCUGUCACCUCAGAAUGAUGCUGCUCAAGACAUGCUGCGGACUCAGUUGUGGCUCGAAAAUCACACGCGCGACAUCCUGGACGAAAGUGAUGAAAUUCUGCACGUCCGCUACCAGCUGGUGUACACUGUCGGUCUCCAAAGGUCGCUCCAAGGUCAUCCCGAAAGAUGGACAACUACACAACAAGUGCUUAGUCUUGUCGCAAAGCACGCCGCUCGGCUCGCGAGUGAAUUCCCCUCUCAUACAGAAGUGUGCACUCGGGAGCACGGAGGGGUCCCCUUCGUUCGAGUUCUACACCGAGCAGCAGGAGAAGCUUUGGUUCAAUGGAUCGCAGAGGAUGUCAUCAUUGGGGCACUUCAAAACAUCAGCUUCGAUCAGGCAUCUUUCCACGUAAAAGAAGCCGUCCGCAAGUUCAUCGCAACUGAGAAGAUAUCCAAUACUUGUAUCAACUUAGUGGAGAAAAACUAUAGACACACCACCGUCUGGCCCGGCCCUCUAGUCUUGCGUGGACUGCUGGCAUGUGGAAUCUUGGUUUAUGCCCUCAAAGAACGUCGCUGGCGCGUGGACUAUGGCCUCCACCAAAAACGAACGAUGCUAGCCGUUCCGUUCCGCGCUAAAGACAUGCCCUCCCUGCGGGCAGAGUUUGGCCAUCCCGACGUAGCUAUCACCCUCACGUGCCUGUCAUAUUACUAUGCACGUCUCACGCUCCAGCAGCUGAUGUUGUGCUUCGAGCUCCUGCUGAAGCAGGAUAAUCCCGCCCUCGAGUAUGAAUCCUGGGUGGAUGGAAUUCAGUCCAUCCCAGAAAGUUUGCGGCACCUUAGCGGAAUCAAUACAAAAUCUGCGGAGCAGCUCCAUGACCUUCAGCAACUGUUCGAAUUCAACAAGGCAGUCAUAGAUUUCUACUUGUCACGAGUUGUUUUCCCAAAGGAAGCGAAGGGAUUUCCCAGUAAACUCACCAACUCCGGGUGGGAUCUCGCUCAAGAGAAGAAACAUUACACAACCGGCUUUUCUGGCACCAAUGACAAUCGUUAUCUGCUACCGAACUCGAUGGUGCAACGUGACCUUGAUUACCAACGCAGUACCAAUGCCCGAGUCCUGGCGUUUCUUCUGCGCUCGGAGAACAAUUGUUACACAUGCAUGCCGCUGGGCCAAAAGAUGCAAGAUUUCAUCGAUGCCCUGAUCGCACAAAUCCCUGAGGUUCGCGUGCUCCUGGAUGUGGGUGCGCAGAUGCUAGAAUUGAAGAAUCAAGAGUUGGCCGAAGCAUGGCUUCAAGCCAAGCGCGACGCCCAAGCUGCAGUUUUCGUAAAUGACGAUGAUGAACUUGUCGUUGUCAGUCGCGAUGGGACAGUGGAGCCCCUUGUUUCGUCCCCCUUUGCCCAGCAGCUUGACCAGUGCGUGAUAUAUCUGGACGACGCGCAUACUAGAGGCACAGAUGUCAAGCUGCCUUCCGGUUUCCGAGCUGCUGUGACGCUUGGCCCCAAAGUCACGAAAGACCGUCUGACGCAAGGAUGCAUGCGAAUGCGGAAGCUGGGCAAUGGGCAAUCAAUAAUAUUCUUUGCUCCGAUUGAAGUUGACCGGAGCAUUCGUUCGGCGACCCAGAAAGCUGACAUCGACGAUGUCGACGUGGCAGAUAUUUUGCACUGGGCGAUGCUCGAGACCUGUCUUGACAUUCAAAUGCGUGCACCACACUGGGUUCAACAGGGAUCAGAAUUCAAAACACGGCAUUCCGCGUGGACUCAAUUCUCACCUACCCCUACUUCGAUCUUGACUUUGAAGACAGCCUGGUUGCAGCCGGAGGAGCGUUCAUUGGAGGAUAUGUACGCACCGCGCAGAUCUUCACUGGUAUCCCAGGUUUGUCACCCAGACAUUCAAAGGAAGUGCGAGGAGCUCGGAUUUCUGAAUCUAUCGGCCAUCGAAAGGAACCUGGAUGAGGAACAAGAAAGGGAGGUAGUGCAUGAAGUAGAGAGAGAGCGUCAAGUGGAGAGACCGCCCAGGGUGGAACCUGCAGCCCAGGUCCUCCAUGUGGACGUUCGUCGAUUCGUCAAGACGGGCCGAGUUCCCGAGGGGUCUUCUGCAUUCAUUCCAGCACUAUCCUGCUUUGUCAACACUACUGCUGCCUUUCACGAGCGUUACCAGUGGGCACACAACCUUUUAGUCACCCAUGACUUCGCUCGCACGGUGGGUCUCUCUGCUAUACAGAACGCGGAUGAUUAUUUGCGGCCCGUCAAUUGGGUCGUAUCCAGUCACUUUGGAGUGCUGGUAAUCAUGAGCCCGAACGAAGUGGACACACUACUGCCUCGUAUCCGCAAAAGCAAUGCGGUUCACUUGUGCGUCUAUACUCCUCGCACCACAAAGACAAUGCAGGCGUGUGAUGACCUUCGCCUCUACUGUGUUCCUUCGGCACCACAGUCGACAUCAUUGGAAUCGCUGAUUUGCCAGCUCAACCUUUUUUCUGGCCAGCUCUAUUUCUCCAGUUACAAGAUGUAUCUCCGCACUUGCAGUUUCUUAGGGCUCAACGCACCAGAUCUAGGGAAUGAGGAGUUGAUAGCCGACAGCGACGGGUACAUCAGCGAGGAGAAUCGCCCUUCUGCGAGAGCAUCGUGCUCGUUCAAGCAAUCCCAGCUUCCGCCACUGAAGGAGUUGUUCAGAAUGAGGAGGAAAGGCAUGGGGUAUCUGCCAACUCACCUCGGAAAGAUGCUCAAUGGCCGCAUUCUGACAGAAGAGGAUUUUAUUGACUGA